AUGCCUUUGCCUAAUGGGCCAUGGGAGAAAAUUGCCGCAGAUAUUUGCGAAGUUGACAAUAAACAGUUUCUGGUAGUAAUGGAUUAUUAUUCCCGUUAUCUUGAGAUUGGAUACUUACCGAGAACAUCAAGUGAUAACGUUGAGGGAAAAGUGUCAAACAUGUUCUCACAUUGGGGCGACGCCAAAGAGCUAGUAACCGAUAAAGAUGAAUCCGAUGAAGAAGCAAUUGAAGCAAUUUCGUCGUUGGAUAUUCAAGCUGAGAGCGAAUGCGAGAAGGGGCCGAGUGGAGCACAAGCUACAAGUAUUGAUACAGUAACAAACAAAUUCGAAGAUUAUGAGUUGGGAAGUGAUUUUCUUGAUGAUCUUGAUAUGAUAUCGGAUGAGGAAACAGAGGAAUACAAACGAAUACUGAAGGAAACGGGAUAUACAGCUUUUCGUGAAAAAUUAGAAGACACAAUCAAUGGAUGGAAAACAAUCCAAAUAAAUAUUGCUGUAACAGGAGAAUCUGGCACAGGGAAGUCGUCCUUUAUCAACUCUUUUAGAGGGUUAAAAGCUGAUGAUCCUGGGGCAGCUGAAGUCUCCGCGGUCGAAACGACUAUGAAGCCGACAGCUUACCUACACCCUGACAAUUCAAAUCUUCAGGUUUGGGAUUUGCCGGGAGUAGGAACGUUAACCUUCACAAGGGAGAACUACUUGCAGGAAGUAGAUUUAAGUCGGUUUGACUUUGUUUUGCUCCUGUCGUCUUCGCGGUUUAAGGAAAAUGACAUUUGGCUCGCAAAGGAAAUUCUCAGGUUGAAGCUAAAUUUUAAUUUGUUCUUUGUAAGAACAAAGAUCGACGAUGAUCUUCGCUCCGCCAAAAAGGCACACAACAAAAUUCAGACGCCCGAAGAUAGGCAAGCAUUGCAGCAGAAGGUCAGAGACAAUGUAAAGCUCAAACUUCAGGAAGGCAAGAUAUUCAAUGCAAAUAUAUAUCUGGUCGACAACUAUGACAUAGCAGCUUUUGAUUUUGGUACAAUCUUUUCGAAACUGAUCCAAAAGGUUUCCACUCUAAAAAGGGAAGCAAUGAUCAUGUCAUUGACUGGUAUUACAAACGAAGUUGUUCAGAACAAGCUCGCUAUUUUGAAAAGUAGAAUAAGCUUGGUUUCUAAAACCGCGGCAGUGGCUGCGGUCUUUGUAAAGUCGGGCACAAACAAGUAUUCGGCAGAAAUAGACGUGUUGCUAGAAGAGUGCAGAUUUUAUCGUUCGCAGCUAGGACUCAAUUUAGAUUCGUUAGAAAUCAUCGCAAAACGUCUGGAAAUUGAGUUCGAAGAAUUGCUGGUCAAGUUGUCAAUGAAAUCACACAUAUAUGUUGAAUCCGAGGAUAGGUUUGCCAUGUAUUAUACAGGGUUUGAAAAAUUUGACCAAAGCAUUUGGCAUUCACUGCCACUUAUUGGAAACAUGUUAAAGGUCAAAGUUUACCAGAAGCAAUGCGCUUUUGUUCUGAAGAAGUUCCUUGGCAUGUGUGCAAAAGAAACGCAUGACCUACAGAUGCGCAUGGCCAUGGCUUUAGAGGGAUCCGAAUUUUAG